CACGCCUGCGCAGACAUACUUGACAAACACCAGCCCCUUGCAUUUAAAAAAAAAAGUAUUUAUUGUUUCUUAUUCAAUCUCUCCAAGUAUUCUCCUGAUGCUUCGGAGGGUGGGACUCUCCGCAGACCCAUACACGCGACCUUUGGCUGUCGACAAUACUUUGGUUACAGUUUCUAACCACCGGGGUGAAACUUUAGGACACCUUUUCCGGCCGCGCGCGCAGGCGGACGAGCCACGGCGAGUGCACCGCGCAGCCUCCACCUGCUGCGGCUCCUGGGUGCUCCUUGGGCGAUGUGGCAGCAGUUCUGCGAGAAACGUUUUAACCGCAAUCGAUCGCGUGCGGCUUCAUCACUCGGCGGUCAAGAAUCAACGCGAGGAGACCCCGCAGCUGAAACCCCCGUACUUAUAGGUGGAAUAAGAAUCACAACGCGAUUGGAGCUCCGUCCGGACCGAGACUUGAGCGAGACAAAAGCCGAGUUGGGAUGACUUCGGCCGGGGUGAUGUUCGCUUGUCUCCCGGUGUGCUGUUUGCUCCUCGGAACCUUCCGGGCAGCGACUUUGAGCGGACUGCAAUACCCUGUUUUAAGUCGCCGAGAGUUUGGGGCUGUGGCCAACUUCAGUACGUUGCUGCUCGAUCCCGCGUCGGGUCUCCUCUUCCUGGGCGCCAGAGACACCAUCGUGGCGCUGGACACCAACAAGCUGAACGAACCCGUCCGCACGGUGGUGUGGGACGUGCCGCAAGAGAGCAGGAAGACUUGCAUGGCCAAGGGAAAGACUGAGGGUGAGUGCCGUAACUACAUCGUGCUGUUGGAGUUUCACUCCGAUGGGCGCCACAUCUACGCGUGUGGCACGCAUGCCUUUGACCCAAAGUGUGCCUAUCUGGAGAUCUCCUCCCUCACCCUGCGGAAGGAUGCCGAUGGCCAUGUGAUCGUGGAGAUGGGGAGGAAGAAGGUCCCCUUUGACCCCAGGAAGCGACACACAGCCGUCAUGAUAGGCGACGUGUUGUACGCCGCCACCUCCAUCAACUUCCGCGGGACGGAGUUCGAUAUCACCCGGGCCACGGGUCCGGAGCAGAAGCAGGUCCGAAGUGAGCAGAAAGUGCACUGGCUUGACGAACCCGACUUUGUGAGCUCGGCGGCGGUGGCGCUGUCGGCCGACAAUAACGAGACGGGAGAGGACGACAGGAUCUACUUCUUUUUCAACGAGGCGGCCCAGGAGUACAACUUUUAUUCCAAAGUCCGGGUGCCCAGAGUGGCACGCGUGUGCAGGUCUGACGUGGGAGGUCUCCGGACGCUGCAGCAACAUUGGACCACCUUUCUCAAGGCGGAGCUGGUGUGCGAGGACAAAGUCCGACAUCGGCGCUUUGACGUCCUGGUGGACGUUUUCACCUUGCGGCAUUCUCCUGGAGAAGCCGGCACGACGCACUUCUACGGACUCUUCACCACACAGUGGGAACCCGAGCGGUCAGCGGUGUGUGUUUUCAGCGUGUCGGACAUCGUCGCGGCGAUGAACGGCCCGUCUAGAAAAGGCAGCGACAAAAGCGACGCGCUCGCACCGGCGGGCUUGCCGAGGCCUGGCCAGUGUGUGAACAAUGCGCUGAAGGCACACGGCUUUGACUCCUCCCUCAAAAUGCCCGACAACCUGUUGGCAUACGUGAGGAAUCACCCCCUCGUGCAGCAGAGUGUCAACGCGGCGCCCCUGCUGGUCAGAAAGGGGGUGGCGUACACCAAACUGGCCGUCACGCUGAUCGGCCCCAGAGAGGGCCAGAGAGAAGAGGCCUUGCUCCACCUGGGAACAGACUCUGGGGAGCUCCAUCAGGUGGCAGUCUUGGGCGAGAAUACCACUUUACUCCGGGAAAUUCCUUUAUUUGAGGCCACAGAGCCGGUCAACAAUAUUUUGCUGUACCAAGGUUGGGUUGUGGUGGGCGGCCCGCUGUCUCUGGCGCGCAUCCAGGCGCAAGAAUGCGCGCUCUUUUUAAGCUGCGAAUUGUGCACCCGAUUCCGUCAACUGGGCUGCGAGUGGGACGUCGGCAAGGAAGGCUGCGUUCGAUCCGCAGCGGCGCUCGACCAUGGAGUUAAAACGGAAGAAGCCGUGAGGAAAUGUGACAACCAGGAAGCAGAGCGCUGUUCGCCGCCCAUCAAGGAGCUGCGUGUUUCGCUGGGCCUGCGUGUGGUGUUGCCUUGUGCCCAGCUGUCUCCCAGGCCCUGCAGCUGGGAGCACCCUCGCAACAGUCUCACCAAGCAGCGGCACCCUGACUUGGAGGUGACCGUCACCAAAGACGGACUGGGAAGUUACAUCUGUGCGUGCCAGGAAGGACAAAUGCGUGAGCACGCCCCUUGCCGUCGAGCGGCCUAUCAUCUGACGCUGGAGGACCCCGGCACCGCAGGAGCCCUGUCGGGAUGCACUCGUCACGUGGUGGCCUUCUAUGUCCUCGUUUUCUUCGCCGGCUCGCUGUUCGGGGCGAUGCUCUUCCACUUUGCCAGCGGUCGGUGCGAGGGCAUGAGGCGGGACUCGUUGGACUCCGCCCCUCUGCAGCCGGGCUCCCAUUUGACAGAUGAACGCAACGGGAUCGCAGCCGCCGAAGCCGGCCGAGUCCGGAAGCGGGGAAACGGCGGUCGCCUCGGCGACGGUUUGAGCGCCCAGCCGGCUGGCGACAAAGGCAGAAAUGCGAGCGCCUCGUACGCUAACUACAGCAUUUUAUCUGCGGACGUUCCGGACCGACCGACCACCCCCGGGGAGGGUUCUGAGGGGGGGCGGGCGGAGUCGUCGGAUUAGGCUGGGAUGGAUGGGGGCCUGAGUGAAGGGAUCACAGGACUUGAAGAAGAGUUAGCCAGCUUUGCCAUGUUUAAAUCCCCAGCAGCCCUCGCUCCGUGUGAAGAAAGCUCCGUUUGAACUGGCGCCGGGAGCUGCAACGGCCCGCGACUCAAAGCCUUUAUGACGAGACUCCAUCUCCAUCUUGAUGCGUGACGAGUGGAGAAAAGCAGGAUGUCGCUCGUGUGCGAUCCAAGCGUGACGUGGAAAAGUCCUAUUGUCCUUGCCCAUCCAAAGAGAACACAAGUUGUCAUAGUGCGGCGGAUCCCACAGUCACCAAAGUUAAAGUUAAGUUAAGAAGUUAAAGUCCCAAUGAUCAUUGUCACAUACACAUCUGGGUGUGGUGAAAUUUGUCCUCUGCAUUUAACCCAUCCCCAUGUGAUUUUAAUCCAUCCCCUGGGGGAGAGGGGAGCAGUGAGCAGCAGCGAUGCCGCGCUCGGGAAUCAUUUGGUGAUCUCCCGAGUCGUCAAGUGAGCGGGCUCGUCAUGGCUUAGUCCUGUGAUCUGGACGGGGUCCUCCUACCUCGGAUGAGGGCCAGCGUCGGCGCGCGUGGACUAACCGUAUUCCCUUAAUGUGGAUUCCUAAUGUACUGUUCUUAUAAUAAAUCAUAUUUUGGAACACAAA